CCCUAAGCCAAGUACUCGUUCUCAUUUGGGUGUCUGCACUGUUGGAAGCUACUGCAGUGUUUCCACGCAGACAGCGUACAGUGGGGAAGGCUUUCUCUAGCUGAUGGAUGGCUGUUCUCUUUAUUUGGAGUAUCUUACUGGUUAUGUAAGCGACCUCGGGAGAAAUUAUCCUAACCCAGAUCGGAGGAUGCAGUAGUGCUUCAGCUGCAGGAUUUCUUAGUCGUUAACACCACAGUGCUGAUGACAAAGAGCGAGUUGUAAUCCUCAUCAUUGCCAGGGCUGAGCCAGAGCAGACAGAAAAUCGUCAUUUGCUCGUCGGAGGCUUGUUAGGUUAGAGCUCCUGCUUCGGUCUGUGGUCUUGGCUUUUCUUCCUAUACAAUGACGCCGCUGCAAGUUAGCUCAGAAAUGCUUGGUUUGAGAGACAUUUGCCUGUGAUUUUGAAGACUGAAGAAGUAUUUACGCUAGAUAAAAAAUACUGAUGAAGAACAAAAUGGAAAUUUCAGCAGUACUUGUUGGCCUUUAAAGCCUUGUCGUGGAUUUCUGAGAUUUAAAGGUACUUUAAAAUUCUCAAGAACAAAACUUUCAAACCCCUGGUUGAAGAAAGCAUACCCAGUUCAAUCACUGCAGUAGAAUUCCUUGUAGAUAAGCAACUGGAUUUUUUAACUGAAGAUAGUGCCUUUCAGCCUUACCAGGACGACAUAGACAGCCUAAACCCAGUUCUCAGGGACAACCCGCAACUUUACGAGGAAGUGAAAGUCUGGGUAAAGGAACAAAAGGUUCAGGAGAUUUUUAUGCAAGGUCCUUACUCUUUAAAUGGAUACAGAGUGAGAGUAUACAGACAAGACUCUGCCACCCAGUGGUUUACUGGCAUAAUUACUCAUCAUGAUCUCUUCACCCGCACCAUGAUCGUUAUGAAUGAUCAGGUACUAGAACCACAGAAUGUCGAUCCUUCUAUGGUUCAAAUGACCUUUCUAGAUGAUGUUGUUCACUCUUUGUUAAAAGGUGAAAAUAUUGGCAUUACAUCACGGCGCAGGUCUCGUGCCAAUCAAAAUAUCAACGCUGUUCACGUAUGGUCAUUAUACACGUGCCCAAGCUAAUAGUCCCAGACCAGCAAUGAAUUCCCAAGCUGCUGUACCAAAACAGAAUACUCACCAGCAACAGCAACAAAGAAAUAUCCGUCCAAGUAAGAGGAAGGGCUCAGAUAGCAGUGUGCCAGAUGAAGAGAAGAUGAAGGAGGAAAAAUAUGAUUAUAUAUCACGAGGAGAAAAUCCUAAAGGUAAAAACAAACAGUUGAUAAAUAAGAGAAGGAAACCUGAGGAGGAUGAAAGAAAAAUAAAUAUAAAAAGACUUCGAACUGACAAUGUUUCAGACUUUUCUGAGAGCAGUGACUCAGAAAAUUCAAAUAAAAGAAUAAUAGAUAAUUGCUCAGAGCAAAAGCCAGAGCAUGAGUUGAAAAAUACAAGUACUUCAAAGAUAAAUGGAGAAGAAGGAAAAUCCCAGAACAAUGAGAAUACAGAAGAGACACUAAAGGUUACUCAGCCCCCAUGGGAUCAAAUACAGGAAGAUAAAAAACAUGAAGAAGCAGAGAAGCAAAAGUCUGUUGACACUCAGCUUCAAGAAAAAAUGAUUAUCCAUUCAUCAGAACAGACCACACUUUCUGAUCAUAACCCUAAUGAUUUACUCCCUCAGGAAUGCAAUGUGGAAAAAACACAUACAGUGGAAUUGUUACCAAAGGAGAAGUUUGUGUCCAGACCACCCUCACCAAAAUGUGUUAUUGAUAUUACAAAUGACACUAAUUUAGAAAAGGUGGCUCAGGAAAACUCACAUACCUUUGGCCGUCAGACACUUCAGAAAAUGGAUCCUAAUGUUGGUGAUUCAAAACAUUCUAUUGCAAAUACAAAAUACUUGGAAACAUCAAAACAGGAUUCUGACCAGAGCUGGGUCAGUGAUGUAGUUAAAAUUGGUUUAACCCAAUCAAGUGUUAUAAAUGUUUCUUCAGGAAAUGAUCACCUGAAUGUGGAAAAAGAAAAAAAUCAGUAUGUCUCUUACAUGUCUUCUUUAAGUACAGUUUCUGUCAUGGAAGAUAAGCUACAUAAGCGAAGUCCACCUCCAGAGACUAUAAAACCUAAACUUAAUACUUCAGUAGAUGCUCACAAGACAAAAUCCAAUUCCUCACCUGAACUUGUUAAACCCAAAAUAACCCAUUCUCCUGAGUCUGUGAAGUCUAAGGCUACUUAUGUGAACAGCCAAGCUACUGGUGAAAGAAGACUGGCAAAUAAGAUAGAACAUGAGCUAUCAAGAUGCAGUUUUCAUCCAGUUCCUACUCGAGGCAGUACAUUAGAAACUACGAAGAGUCCUCUUAUCAUUGAUAAAAAUGAACAUUUCACAGUUUACAGAGAUCCUGCACUUAUUGGGUCAGAAACAGGAGCUAACCACAUUUCACCUUUCUUAAGCCAGCAUCCUUUUCCUCUUCACUCCUCAUCCCAUAGAGCCUGUUUAAAUCCAGGUACUCAUCACCCUGCCUUAACUCCCACACCCCACUUACUAGCUGGGUCAUCUGGUCAAACUCCAUUACCCACCAUUAACACUCACCCUCUGACUAGUGGUCCACACCAUGCUGUUCAUCACCCUCAUUUACUUCCCACUGUGUUACCUGGAGUGCCUACUGCCUCCUUACUUGGUGGCCACCCGCGACUAGAGAGUGCUCAUGCCAGCAGCUUGAGCCACUUAGCACUAGCACACCAGCAACAGCAGCAGUUGUUACAGCACCAGUCACCUCAUCUUCUUGGACAAGCCCAUCCUUCUGCUUCAUAUAAUCAGCUUGGACUUUAUCCAAUUAUUUGGCAGUAUCCAAAUGGAACACAUGCAUACUCAGGACUUGGUUUGCCUUCUUCUAAGUGGGUUCAUCCAGAAAAUGCAGUUAAUGCCGAAGCUUCUUUAAGGAGGAAUUCUCCUAGUCCUUGGCUACACCAGCCCACCCCUGUGACCUCAGCAGAUGGUAUUGGAUUACUUAGUCACAUUCCUGUCAGACCUUCCAGUGCAGAGCCUCAUCGGCCUCUUAAAAUUACAGCGCAUUCCAGUCCACCAUUGACAAAAACUUUAGUAGAUCAUCAUAAAGAAGAAUUAGAAAGGAAAGCUUUUAUGGAACCAUUAAGGUCUGUUGCCUCUACAUCAGCAAAAAAUGACCUGGAUCUGAAUAGGUCACAGUCUGGAAAAGAUUGUCACUUGCAUAGGCAUUUUGUGGAUCCAGUAAUUAAUCAAUUACAGAGGCCACCACAGGAGACUGGAGAGAGAUUAAACAAAUACAAGGAGGAACACCGUCGAAUUCUUCAAGAAAGUAUUGAUGUUGCUCCUUUUACAACUAAAAUCAAAGGGCUUGAGAGUGAGAGAGAUAAUUAUUCCAGAGUAGCAUCAUCAUCUUCUAGUCCUAAAAGCCAUGUUAUCAAACAAGAUGCAGAUAUAGAACGCCCAGUGUCAGAUCUUUAUAAAAUGAAGCACUCAGUGCCUCAGAGUUUACCCCAAAGUAACUAUUUCACUACAUUGUCUAAUAGUGUGGUCAACGAACCACCAAGAUCAUACCCAUCCAAAGAGGUUUCAAGUAUUUACAAUGAAAAACAGAGUAAUGCUCUUGCAGCAGCAGCUAAUCCUCAGACUCUGACUUCAUUUAUAUCAUCUCUUUCAAAGCCUCCACCUUUGAUUAAACACCAACCAGAAAGUGAAGUUUUAGUAGGCAAGAUACCAGAACAUCUUCCCCAUCAGAUUGCAUCUCACUCAGUAACAACCUUCAGAAAUGAUUGUAGGAGUCCUACCCAUUUGACAGUUUCUUCUACAAAUACACUCCGCAGUAUGCCUGCUUUACAUAGAGCACCAGUGUUUCACCCACCAAUUCAUCAUAGCCUGGAAAGAAAAGAAAGCAGCUACAGUAGCCUUUCCCCUCCAACUUUAACUCCAGUGAUGCCAGUAAAUGCUGGUGGGAAAGUUCAAGAAUCACAGAAGCCUCCAACUUUAAUACCCGAGCCAAAAGACUCCCAGGCACAUUUUAAGAAUUCUUCUGAGCAGAGUUUGACAGAAAUGUGGAGACCUAAUAAUAACCUCAGCAAAGAGAAAGCUGACUGGCAUGUGGAGAAAAGCAGCGGAAAGUUACCGGCUGCUAUGGCAUCUGUCAUUGUGCGUCCAUCUUCUAGUACAAAAAUUGAUAGCAUGCCAGUGAUGCAGUUAGCUUCUAAAGAUCGAGUUAGUGAAAGAUCUUCAACUGGGGCAAAUAAAACAGAUUGCCUCAAGCCAGCAGAAGCUGGAGAGACUGGAAGAAUCAUUUUGCCAAAUGUGAAUUCAGACAGUACUCACACAAAAUUUGAAAAAUCCUUUCAGGCUGUCUCUCAGGGCAGUGUUCCCAGUUCAGUCAUGUCUGCUGUAAAUACAAUAUGUAAUACCAAAACGGAUGUAAUCACAACUGCUGCCACUGCUACCAGUGUUUCCAGCUGGGGUGGUUCAGAAGUAAUUUCCUCUUUAUCAAAUACCAUUUUGGCCUCUACAUCCUCAGAAUGUACCUCUUCAAAAAGUGUCAGUCAGACAGUGGCUCAAACACAAGAAUGCAAGGUCAGCACCACAGCUCCAGUUACACUAGCCAGUAGUAAGACAGGAAGUGCUAUUCAGCUUAGUUCUGGGUUCUCAGGCACAACUGAUUUUAUCCAUUUAAAAAAGCACAAGGCAGCGUUGGCUGCAGCUCAGUAUAAAAGUAGUAACGUCAAUGAGACUGAACCUAAUGCUGUGAAAAAUCAGACACCUUCAGCCUCCCUCCCUCUCGAUAGCACUGUAAUCUGUAGUACCGUUAACAAAGCAAACUCUGUAGGAAGUGGGCAAGCAUCCCAGACAAGUCAACCAAACUACCAUACUAAACUGAAAAAGGCCUGGCUUACCAGACAUUCAGAAGAAGAUAAAAAUACUAAUAAAAUAGAAAAUUCAGGGAAUUCUGUAUCAGAAAUUAUUAAGCCAUGUUCUGUCAACUUAAUAGCCUCUACAUCUAAUGAUAUACAAAAUAGCGUAGAUAGUAAGGUCAUAGUUGAAAAAUAUGUAAAAGAUGAUAAAGUCAAUAGGAGAAAAGCCAAGAGAACUUAUGAAUCUGGCUCUGAAAGUGGGGACUCAGAUGAAAGUGAAAGCAAGUCAGAGCAAAGGACUAAAAGGCAACCUAAGCCAACUUACAAAAAGAAGCAGAAUGAUUUGCAGAAGAGAAAAGGUGAAAUAGAAGAAGAUUUGAAACCCAAUGGAGUUCUCAGCAGGAGUGCCAAAGAAAAAAGUAAACUGAAGUUGCAAAGCAACAGUAAUACUGGCAUCCCUCGUUCAGUAUUAAAAGACUGGCGUAAAGUCAAGAAGCUGAAGCAAACUGGGGAAUCCUUUUUACAGGAUGACUCCUGCUGUGAGAUAGGGCCUAAUUUACAAAAGUGCCGAGAAUGUAGACUGAUUCGCAGUAAAAAAGGAGAAGAACCAGCUCACUCACCAGUAUUUUGUAGAUUUUACUACUUUAGACGAUUGUCAUUUAGUAAAAAUGGAGUGGUUAGAAUAGAUGGUUUCUCUUCUCCUGACCAAUAUGACGAUGAAGCUAUGAGUUUAUGGACACAUGAAAAUUAUGAAGAUGACGAACUAGACAUAGAAACUUCUAAAUAUAUCUUGGAUAUAAUAGGUGAUAAGUUCUGUCAGUUAGUAACAUCUGAAAAAACAGCUUUGUCCUGGGUGAAAAAGGAUGCCAAAAUUGCCUGGAAAAGAGCAGUAAGAGGAGUCCGGGAGAUGUGUGAUGCUUGUGAAGCAACAUUGUUUAACAUUCAUUGGGUCUGCCAAAAAUGUGGAUUUGUGGUGUGCUUAGAUUGUUACAAGGCAAAGGAAAGGAAGAGUUCUAGAGAUAAAGAACUGUAUGCUUGGAUGAAGUGUGUAAAGGGGCAGCCUCAUGAUCAUAAACAUUUAAUGCCAACUCAGAUUAUACCUGGUUCUGUUUUGACAGAUCUUCUAGAUGCCAUGCACACCCUUAGGGAAAAAUAUGGUAUUAAAUCCUAUUGUCAUUGUACUAACAAACAGAAUUUACAAGUUGGAAAUUUUCCUACAAUGAAUGGUGUAUCACAAGUUUUACAGAAUGUUCUUAAUCACAGUAAUAAAAUUUCUCUGUGCAUGCCUGAGUCUCAGCAGCAAAAUACUCCUCAGAGAUCUGAAAGUAAUGGCAACAGCAGCCCAGGGAGUGAUGUAAGCACAGAUAGCAAGUUAACUCCUCCAGAAUCCCAGUCACCACUGCACUGGUUAGCAGAUCUUGCAGAACAAAAAGCCAGAGAGGAAAAAAAAGAAAACAAAGAAUUUGCUCAUGAAAAGCAAAUUAAAGAAGAGAGAGAACAAGACAACUCUGAUUCUCCAAAUGGCAGAACAUCACCUCCUGCAUCCCAGAAUAAUGAGCAAGGCUCAACCUUACGGGAUUUGCUGACUACAACUGCUGGCAAGCUGCGCGUGGGCUCUACAGAUGCUGGCAUUGCCUUUGCCCCAGUGUAUUCAAUGGGAGCCCCAAGUGGCAAAAGUGGACGGACUAUGCCUAAUAUUCUUGAUGAUAUAAUUGCUUCAGUUGUUGAAAAUAAAAUUCCACCAAAUAAAACUUCCAAGAUAAAUGUAAAACUAGAACUUAAAGAAGAACCUGAAGAUAGCAGAAAAUCUGCCAUUAGUGAAAGUAAUAAAUUGUUCAGUGAUAUACCACAUUCUUGGAUCUGUGAGAAGCAUAUUUUAUGGCUUAAGGAUUAUAAGAAUAGUAAUAAUUGGAAGCUUUUCAAAGAAUGUUGGAAAGAAGGACAGCCUGCAGUGGUUUCUGGUGUGCAUAAGAAAAUGAAUGGUAGCCUGUGGAAGGCGGAGUCCGUUAGUCUUGAUUUUGGAGACCACCAAGCUGAUCUUCUGAACUGCAAAGAUAGCAUCAUUUCAAAUGCCAAUGUUAAGGAAUUCUGGGAUGGUUUUGAAGAAGUUUCAAAACGUCAAAAAACCAAAAGUGGAGAAACAGUUGUUUUAAAAUUGAAAGAUUGUCCUUCAGGAGAAGACUUCAAAACUAUGAUGCCAGCAAGAUAUGAAGAUCUUUUAAAAAGUCUCCCAUUGCCAGAAUAUUGUAAUCCAGAAGGAAAAUUCAAUUUGGCCUCUCAUUUGCCAGGAUUUUUUGUGCGUCCUGAUCUAGGACCCAGGUUGUGCAGUGCCUAUGGUGUAGCUGCUGCUAAAGAUCAUGAUAUAGGAACAACAAAUCUCCAUAUUGAGGUUUCUGAUGUUGUAAAUAUUCUAGUGUAUGUUGGAGUAGCAAAAGGAAAUGGCAUUCUCUCAAAAGCAGGAAUUCUCAAGAAGUUUGAGGAAGAAGAUUUGGAUGACAUUUUAAGGAAAAGAUUGAAGGACUCAAGUGAAAUACCUGGUGCUCUGUGGCACAUUUAUGCUGGGAAAGAUGUUGACAAGAUAAGAGAAUUUCUUCAAAAGAUUUCAAAAGAACAAGGCCUUGAGAUUCUACCAGAACACGAUCCAAUACGUGACCAAAGUUGGUAUGUGAACAGAAAGCUCCGUCAAAGGCUGCUUGAAGAAUAUGGAGUCAGAACCUGUACUCUUAUUCAGUUCCUUGGUGAUGCCAUUGUUUUGCCAGCAGGAGCACUUCAUCAGGUUCAGAAUUUUCACAGCUGUAUUCAGGUAACUGAAGACUUUGUGUCUCCAGAACAUCUUGUAGAGUCAUUUCACUUAACACAGGAACUGAGACUUUUGAAGGAAGAAAUCAAUUAUGAUGAUAAAUUACAGGUUAAAAAUAUUUUGUAUCAUUCAGUCAAAGAAAUGGUGAAAGCCUUGAAGAUACAUGAAGAUGAAGUAGAGGAUAUGGAAGAAACUUAAGUGUGGUCCAAUUUGAUGUUAAUUUUAGGCCAUUGAACUGGGAUUACUUACCCUCCAAUGAUGAUAUGUAUGCACUCUGACUUAAGCUUCAUAAACCAUCAGUGCCAAGAAAUUCUCUUUGUAGUAAUUACUUGUUACUGACACUGCAGCAGUAUAGCAUAUGUCACAGUUCCUGUGAUUCAAUGUUAGUUAUAAAACAAGCUAAAUUUAAAAAGCAGCACUAUAUAGCUGUUUAUGUAUUAUAGUGUAUAUGAUGUUUGUGAAAAUGCCAGAUUUAAGAUGAUGUAUUUAUUUUUGGUAAAAAAUACAAAAUUCUAUGCUAUAUUGUUGAUCAAGUGUAAAUGUGACCUUGUACAGUUUACUAAAAUAACUGAUAUUUUUCACUACAUUGAGACAGUUACUGUGAGAAUAGGACAUAAACACCAGCUAUUGCCUGCAUCUGGGAAAUUGCUGAAUCGCACAGCAGUCAUGUCAUAAUCAGAAAAUUACUGCCAAAUAAUUGUAAACUUUGUAAAAUAUAAAGUAUAUAAAGUAGAUAUUAAAUACAGACACUUCAAUAUUUUGUUGAAGCUUAUUGACUGUACAAUUAAACAUUUUCAAAAGGUGUAAUUUAUUUAAAAUUGUCUCAUUUUGGUAAAAUUUAUGUGAACUUUUAAAGCUAAAUAUUAAACUUAAUAUGCUAUGUAAAUAUAUACAUAUAUACAUUUAAUGAUGUAUUUUUUUAAAACAUUGGCUUGCUUUUGUUAAAGUGCAAGUGUUACAUAUGGCUUUGUACAUUAAAGUUGAAAGGGGUUUUACAUUUUCCAUUAAAAGGACUUUAUCAAAAAAAA